GGAAAAGCAAAAACCCUUUGGCUUUGACAGCCACCGCCACAAGCCUUUCCGCCUCCCCAGCCUGCCUAGGUGCUGGGAGCUGGGAGCUGGAUUAUGGUGGCCUGAGCAGCCGACGCAGCCGCAGGAGCCGGGAGUCCCCGUCGGUCCCCAAGCUGCAAAGUCUGCCUGGAAGACCCCGAAAGCUGCGGGCUCGGAUAGCCAUGCCCGCCCCUCCCAGCACCACAAGGGGCCCGAUCCCCCCGCUGAGGCUGGCGGUCGCCGUACAGAUAUAGCUGGGUCCCCCGGAUCGCCAUCGUCCUCUCCUCUAGUGCGCUACGGAUUUCUCCUGCCCACUCUCCGCCGCCUGGACCGGGAACUGAGCGAGGGGCCUACAGACUCUGCAGUCCUGAUGUCCCCGAGGCCGCUCUCCUGAGAGAAGCCACCACCACCCAGACUUAGGGGCAGGCAAGAGGGACAGUCGCCAACCGGAGCCACAAGGCCCGGGCUCACCAUGGCCCCGGCGCUGCACUGGCUUCUACUAUGGGUGGGCUGGGGAAUGCUACCUGCCCAGGGAACCCAUCUCGGCAUCCGGCUGCCCCUUCGCAGCGGCCUGGCAGGUCCACCCCUGGGCCUGAGGCUGCCCCGGGAGAUCGACGAGGAACCUGAAGACCCGCCUGGCCGGAGAGGCAGCUUUGUGGAGAUGGUGGACAACCUGAGGGGAAAGUCCGGCCAGGGCUACUAUGUGGAGAUGACCGUGGGCAGCCCCCCACAGACGCUCAACAUCCUGGUGGACACAGGCAGUAGUAACUUUGCAGUGGGGGCUGCCCCACACCCUUUCCUGCAUCGCUACUACCAGAGGCAGCUGUCCAGCACAUACCGAGACCUCCGAAAGGGUGUGUAUGUGCCCUACACCCAGGGCAAGUGGGAGGGGGAACUGGGCACCGACCUGGUGAGCAUCCCUCAUGGCCCCAACGUCACUGUGCGUGCCAACAUUGCUGCCAUCACUGAAUCGGACAAGUUCUUCAUCAAUGGUUCCAACUGGGAGGGCAUCCUAGGGCUGGCCUAUGCUGAGAUUGCCAGGCCCGACGACUCGUUGGAGCCCUUUUUCGACUCGCUGGUGAAGCAGACCCACACUGCCAACAUCUUUUCUCUACAGCUCUGUGGCGCUGGCUUCCCCCUCAACCAGACGGAGGCACUGGCCUCAGUGGGAGGGAGCAUGAUCAUUGGUGGUAUCGACCACUCGCUAUACACGGGCAGUCUCUGGUACACACCCAUCCGGCGGGAGUGGUAUUACGAAGUGAUCAUCGUACGUGUGGAGAUCAAUGGCCAGGAUCUGAAAAUGGACUGCAAGGAGUACAACUAUGACAAGAGCAUCGUGGACAGUGGCACAACCAACCUUCGCUUGCCCAAGAAAGUAUUUGAAGCUGCGGUCAAGUCCAUCAAGGCGGCCUCCUCGACGGAGAAGUUCCCGGAUGGCUUCUGGCUGGGGGAGCAGCUGGUGUGCUGGCAAGCAGGCACGACUCCUUGGAACAUUUUCCCAGUGAUUUCACUUUACCUCAUGGGUGAAGUCACCAAUCAGUCCUUCCGCAUCACCAUCCUUCCUCAGCAAUACCUUCGGCCGGUGGAAGAUGUGGCCACGUCCCAAGACGACUGUUACAAGUUUGCCAUCUCACAGUCAUCCACAGGCACUGUUAUGGGAGCUGUCAUCAUGGAAGGCUUCUAUGUUGUCUUCGAUCGAGCCCGAAAGCGAAUUGGCUUUGCUGUCAGCGCUUGCCAUGUGCAUGAUGAGUUCAGGACGGCGGCAGUGGAAGGUCCAUUUGUUACAGCAGACAUGGAAGACUGUGGCUACAACAUUCCACAGACAGAUGAGUCGACACUUAUGACCAUAGCCUAUGUCAUGGCUGCCAUCUGCGCCCUCUUCAUGCUGCCACUCUGCCUCAUGGUAUGUCAGUGGCGCUGCCUACGCUGCCUGCGUCAUCAGCAUGACGACUUUGCUGAUGACAUCUCCCUGCUGAAAUAAGGAGGCCCGUGAACAGAUGACGGAGAUUCCCCUGGACCACAUCUGGGUGGUUCCCUUUGGUCACAUGAGUUGGAGAUACGGAUGGUACCUGUGGCCAGAGCACCUCAGGACCCUCACCGACCUGCCAAAUGCUUCUGCCUUGACAGAACACAGAAAGCUGGCAAGCUGGAUUACAGGGCUUGCACCUGUAGGAGACAGGAGAGGGAAGAAAGCAGCAUUCUGGUGGCAGGAAUACCCUUAGGCACCACAAACUUGAGUUGGAAAUUUUGCUGCUUGAAGCUUCAGCCCUGACCCUCUGCCUAGCAUCCUUUAGAAUCUCCAACCCAAAGUAUUCUUUCCGUCCUUCCAGAAGUACUGGUGUCAUACUCAGGCUACCCGGCAUGUGUCCCUGUGGUACCCUGGCAGAGAAAGGGCCAAUCUCAUUUCCCUGCUGGCCAAAGUCAGCAGAAGAACAUGCAGUUUGUCAGUUGCUUUAGUGAUAGGGACUGUAGACUCAAGCCUACACUGGUACAAAGACUGCAUCCUGAGAUAAGCCAGAACCUAUGUGAUGCAAAUGUCUGUACUCCUGGGGGCAGUCAAGAUGAGGAGAGGCAGGACAGAGACAGGAAGGAGAUGGUGGCAAAGCUAGGAAAGGCAGGACUCUAAUCACUUUCCAGGCCCAGGUUUAGACUCAUCUCCAAGACAGAAGCCCAUCUGGACUAAGAGAGGUAUCAUUCCCCAAUGUGUCUGUGGUUGCAGUCUGAAGUGAAAUGAAAUGGGGAAAAGGGCUUAUUAGCCAAAGAGCUCUUUUUAACACUCUUAAAGGAACAGUGCUUAUGAGAAAAGUCCCACUGGACAGAUGAAUUCCUAUCUUGUUAAUUCCACCUGUCUCUCCCUGCUUCUUCUACAUGCUAGGUGGCACUAAAAUGUCCCAACCCUAAGGUCCUAGGUGCCCUGUGGGACAACAGUUAGAAUAUUGCAGGGCUGGGGAUUGUCUUCCCAGCAUAGGUUCACUCCAACUAAGGUGCUAAAAGGAACAGACAGGAGAGUUCUCCUCUCUGAUCCACAAAGGCAGAACCCUCAAGAUUCAUUCAGCAGGGUUAGGGCUGAUACAUUUGCCUCUGCCUCCAUUUUGUUUUUAUUUUAUUUCUUUUUGCCCAGUGGUACAAAACAGUAAGAUCUUUAUGGAAUACUGAGUGGGUUCGUUACUCUCUUGCCCUCUCCAAAGGCCCUCUAUUUAUCUGGCUAAGGAAAUAUCACAUAUUGGCUAGUAUUAAACAAUGAAUGUAAGAUAGAGGGCUUUCUGCUUCUAUGUCAUUGCCUUCAGUAUCAAGGCUGCCUGGAGAAAGGAUGGCAGCCUCGGGGCUUCCUUACUCCCUUCUUUCCUGAUAGAGCAGUCUUUCUGUCCUGCUCUCUGCUGUCCCUCCCAAUAGUACAUGGGUACCCAGGCUGGUUCUUGGGCUAGGCAGUGGGGGCCACACUCACCUCCUCCCUGUCAGUUCUAACACAACAGACAAGAAGCCAGUGUUAGUGGGAAGAGCUGAGUUUUCCUGGGAUGACCACUGUAUCCUAUCCUGGUAUGCUCUACACUGCUUUCAGGUAGGGGACCUGCCAAACAUGGAAUAGUUGAGGAGGAGGAGACACCAGCAGGGCCUCUGGAGUUGCUGGCCCCAGCCAGCUGCUGUCCACAAGCCAUAAACCAAUAAAAUAAGAAUCCUGCAUCAUAGUUUCCAGCUGGGCCCUCUUCAUUGCCCUUGCAAUGGUGCUGCUCUGGCUGAGUAGGAAUACCCCACACCCACAGACUGCCAGGAAGAUGGAGACGGUCCGCUUCCAGCUCAGAACUACAGUGUAAAUAAGCUUCCAGGAUCACUACCAUGAAAUCGCCACAUUCUGCUUUAUAAUUUCUACCCAUGUUGGGAAAAACUGGCUUUUUCCCAUCUCUUUCCAGGGCAAAAAAAAAAAACUCAACCUAGUUGUUAUUUACCCUAGUAACUGGUGUUCUAUUUUUUUUUUAAACGGGGAAAUUUGCAUUUAUUUUUCUUUUAAUGGUUAACUCCUUUGUAUCAUAAACUUAUGAACUCUGAUAUGUAAAACAGAAAAAAAUCUUGACAACAGCUUCUUGCUUGUAAAAAUAUGUAUUAUACAGUUCUAUUUUCAAA